CUUUGCAUCUUUCAUCGUAACUCUUUCUUAGCCUUUAGUUGUGCUCUCUGGUUUUACUUCAACGAAACCGGGAAAAAGCACGAGACUGAUUCUGUGUUUUAGCCUUAAUAGCAUUGCACAACAAGUGAUCAAAUGAUGGAGAUGAUGAUUCGUGAUGGAAGGGAAAAAGGGAGUACCAGCUUAGUUGACAUUGUGUUUUCUUGGACUAUUGAAGAUGCUGUCAACGAAAAUCUUUAUAAAAACAAGGUGCCAAAGAUCCCAUUGACGUUUUCGACAGCAUCAGAAUACAUGAAAUCCUUUAUUCCUUCACUGAUUGAGGAGACACAUAGUGAUCUGUGUUCGAGCUUGAAGGGCAUUUCUCAAGCCCCUGCUCGUGAAAUCCUGACAUACAAGAGGCUGAAGAAGAGGCAGGGCUUGUUCUAUCAAAUGACGUUGAAUGGGACUAGUGGUGGACAAUAUGAACCUGAAUCUGGAGAUCUCAUCGCCCUCACCGAUAGCAGGCCAAAAAGCCUUCAAGACUUGAACAAACCUAGAAGAUACUAUCACAUUGCUUAUGUUCAAGGAUCAAACAAUGGUCAGAUCACAGUACUUUCAUCAAAGAGUAUGGAGAUUGAACCAGACAUGGGGAGCAAGAAGGCACAAAAGCUUUACGCUUCUUACCUCAUAAACUUGACAACCAACAUUCGUAUUUGGAGGAGCUUGAGCUCACAGCUGAAAGGCGCCAACUUGAAUGUCAUUGGAAAAGUUCUGCAAUCUGAUACAGAGAUUGGAAGGAGCAGUCACGUUUGCCCUCCUAUAGAGCACCAUGAUACAGACAUUUCCAUUGCAACAAACAUAAUCAGAUCUCAGAAUCUGAAUGAAUGCCAGGAAGAUGCUGUAUUAAGUAGUGUUGCAAUGAGGAAAUGUCAUCACAAUCACACUGUGAAACUUAUAUGGGGCCCUCCUGGGACUGGCAAAACGAAGACAGUGGUUUCUGUGCUAUUUUCCCUAUUCAAACUAAAAACAAGAACAUUAACAUGUGCUCCAACAAAUAUUGCUGUGUUGGAAGUGGCAGCACGCUUGCGCAGUUUAAUUAAAGAUCAACUUCAAUUUGAUACCUAUGGGCUUGGUGACAUAGUGCUUUUUGGGAAUAAUUCUCGAAUGAAAGUUGAUAAUUACUGGGGCCUUCCUGAUAUCUUUCUUGAUUAUCGUGUUGAUAAGCUUGAGCAGUGUCUUGAUCCACAGAGCGGUUGGAAGCAUCACUUGGAAUCAAUGAUCAGUUUGCUCGAGAAACCUCAUGAGCAGUAUCUCUUAUCUAAGAUCGAUGCAAAGUAUGAGGAGGUUAAUGAUCUCAUGUCAUUAGAGGAAUUUACUAAGCUUAAUUACAGCAAUGUAGAGCAAUUAUAUCUCUCAUACAAGCAACUUGAACUUAAAGAUGAUUAUUUGACAUUGGAGAAAUUUGUAAAGAUGAGAUUUAGUUACAUUGAAGAUCAAUACCUUUCUUAUAAAGUUGAAGUUCAGUUUAUAAAGAGGAGAUUCGGUUUCAUAGGUGAGAAUCUCAAGUCUUGCUUGAAAACAUUAUACUCAGAACUACCAACUUCACUUGUUCCAUUCAAGGUGGCAAAGAAGAUGUGUAGAGCACUUGAUUUGAUAGAAACCCUUCAAACUUGUUUGUGUCGAAAUGAGUUCAUAGAAAUUCCCAAUUACAAUGUUGAUGGAAAAGGAAAUUCUGUCAGCCAACGAGAAAUUCCUAUGGAGGAAGGGGUGCAAAGAGGUUCCAUCUGUAGUGGCAACCAGAUUCAUCAAAACUUUGCCAAGCCUAUCCAAGAUUCAUUUAUGUUUGUGGGAACAAAUAUUCCAAUAAAAGAUGUUACAUUUUGCUUUGGAAGGCUAAGAUUGGAAAGAGAUGAGUGUCUUAGGAUACUUAGAUCACUUUCUUGGAAAACUUCACUUCCACUAUUUAAAAACCAGUAUGAAAUAAUCAAUUUUUGCUUGAACAAGGCGUGCCUAAUUUUUUGCACUGCGUCGGGUUCCAUCAAAUUGUUCAAUGAAGGAAUGACACCCCUACCCUUUGUAGUUAUAGAUGAAGCAGCUCAACUCAAAGAAUGUGAAUCUAUUAUACCUCUACAACUUUCAGGUGUAAGACAUGCUAUUCUCAUAGGUGAUGAGAGACAACUUCCUGCAAUGGUUAAGAGCAAGAUUUCUGAUGAAGCUGGAUUUGGAAGAAGCAUGUUUGAGAGGCUGGUGUUUUUGGGAUAUAAUAAACAUCUGCUUAAUGUCCAGUAUAGAAUGCAUCCAUCUAUAAGCUUCUUCCCCAAUAGGGAAUUCUAUGAAGGGAAACUUGUGGAUGGCAUGAAUGUCAGAGAUUCAAAUUAUAGUAAACGCUUCCUAGACAGAAAAAUGUAUGGCUCCUUCUCUUUUAUAAAUAUAGCCAAGGGCAAAGAGCAAUAUGGUCAAGGACAGAGCUUGAAGAACAUGGUGGAGGUUGCUGCCAUCACAGAGAUUAUAAGAGGGCUUCAUAAAGGGUUUCUCAGCAGCAGAAGGAAAGUUAGCAUAGGAGUUAUAUCUCCAUAUGCUGCUCAGGUCUUUGAAAUCCAAGAGAAAGUGAAGAAAAACAAUUUGGUUUCAAAUGGUGACUUCUCUGUCAGUGUUCGUUCUGUUGAUGGCUUUCAAGGUGGUGAAGAAGAUAUCAUAAUGAUCUCCACUGUCAGAUUUAAUAGGUCUGGAAAUGUGGGGUUUCUUUCUAAUAGACAAAGAGCAAAUGUUGCUCUUACUCGUGCCAGGCAUUGUCUCUGGAUAUUGGGAAAUGCAGAAACUCUAAAACAUAGUGGCUCUAUUUGGAAAAAGUUGAUAAAUGAUGCUAAGCAAAGAGGGUGCUUUCAUAAUGCUGAUGAUGACAAGAACUUGUCUCGAGCCAUUAAGGAUGCUUUACUUGAGCUUGAACUAAUUGAUGAAUCAAAGUCACCAUUUAAGUCACUCAGCAUAAAGGACAAGACUAAGAAGUCAGAAACAGAGGUUCAUCUAGUGGCAGUUUCCGAAAACCAGGGUGUUGAUGAAGAAAAGAUUCAAAGUGAAUGAUCUUAUUUGUCGUGUUUGUAAGAUGUUUGUUUUUUCAAUCCCAUGAAAUUAUUGUGCAUAUAUAUCAAUUAGGAUUCAAUAUGAAAUUAUUGUUCGGAUUAAAAUUAUUAUUGUGUAUAUAUAU